UCUGCGACUAGGAAUCGGCGGAGCAGAACCUCAACGACGAAAUCCCGCCGACAGUCACUGACGACUCGGAGCGUCCCGCUCCCAAGAACCCUCCUGCAUCUGCGUCAGGAAAACAGGCCGGUGGCGCCGCUGCACAAGCCGACGCGAAGACCCGAUCGAACAAUGCGUUGUCAUCAAAACCGAGGUAUCGCACCGGUACGGGUCCGUUAUGGCCCUGGAUCUCCUGCGCCAAGGCAAACCGCCCGCCAACCUGUACCGUCACGAUCUCGAAUCCUUCCUCUACCUGCUCGCGUACGUCUGCGCGGUGUGGGAUCCCGAGAACAAGAGGUUCGAUCGCAUGCAUGCCUGGGAGCGCGAGACGUUGAUCGAGAUCUGGGCGAAUAAGCAUGGAUUCCUCAUGAAGAGGGAGGUAUACGACGAGAUAUUCAAGCACGCACACCCGUCAUUGAGGCAUCUCGCGGAGUACGAGUCGGAGUCGAGUUGGAUCUCGACCCUCGUUGGUGUCUUCAGCCUCAUCGAAGCUCACGCGACAACUAUCAUGGCCCUUCAAUCAGUACAGUCCGGCUCUAGGCGCAGCCCUCAGGCUGCAGCUGCUCUCGAGGCGAGGAUCAAGAAGAACGAAGCCGACCGCGAAAGCGAGAUCUCGUAUGAGAUGUUCAUGGAUAUCCUGGGAGCUUCCCCUGAUGUUUAGAGCCUCAGUCAUACGCUGUCGCUUCGGCGGACCGUCUCUAAAUGUAUAUAUUCUGUUUCCCUAGAUACAAGGACUUACUGGC